AUGAUCUCCCUGAUCAAAGACCACCGAGACGUCUUCGCGUGGUCCGCGGAUGAAGUGGUCGGAGUGCCACCCGAGCUCAUGACUCACCAACUCAACGUUGACCCGCAGGCCCGACCUGUGCGACAGAAACGAAGGCACUUCGGCCCCGAACGUAGCCAAGCCAUAUCGGAUGAGGUCGACAAGCUCUUGCCGGCCAAGAUGAUCCACGAGGUCCAAUAUCCCACCUGGCUGUCCAAUCCAGUCAUGGUAAAAAAGGACACCGGGGGAUGGAGAAUGUGUGUCGACUUCACCGACCUCAACAAGGCCUGCCCCAAAGAUUGCUAUCCUCUGCCAAGGAUAGACGCCCUCGUCGACGCGGCGAUGGGGUAUGAAAUCCUCUGCUUCCUAGAUGCCUUCAAAGGGUAUCAUCAAAUAGGAAUGAGUGAGGAGGACCAAGAGAAAACGGCGUUCUACACCGAACGAGGUACUUAUUGUUACACUACCAUGCCCUUCGGGCUAAAGAACGCCGGGGCGACCUACCAAAGGCUGAUCAACCGACUCUUCCAGAAUCAGAUCGGCCGCAAUGUGGAGGCCUAUGUGGAUGACAUCCUCGUUAAAAGCCUCGCCACUUCAUCCUUUCUGUCAGACGUGAGGGAAGUCUUUGGUGUCCUGCGAGACUCGAGGAUGAAGCUGAAUCCCAAGAAGUGCGUCUUCGGCGUCACCUCGGGAAAAUUCUUGGGGUAUCUGGUUUCCCACCGGGGAAUCGAGGCCAACCCCGACAAAGUGAAAGCCAUUCAGGACAUGUCCCCACCUCGGAACAUCCGAGAAGUCCAACGGCUGAAUGGACGCCUGGCCGCGCUGAAUCGCUUCCUGUCCCAAUCAGCCGAGAAAGCUCUGCCUUUCUUUAAGGUGCUGAAGAAUGCUGACCAGUUCGCCUGGACUGAGGAGUGUCAGGCUGCUUUCGACCAGCUGAAGCAGUACUUGCAUCACCUACCAACACUCGCUUCACCUCGGCCCGAGGAGAAGCUCUACCUCUACCUCUCCGCAGCCGACGAGGCUGUCAGCGCUGUGCUCAUCCGAGAUGAGGGCACCCAAGUGCCGGUCUACUACGACCGACCAGCCCAUUCGGCAAAUAUUGGUGCGACCCGAACUUCUGGUCGCCUCACCAAGUGGGCUGUCGAAUUGGGAGAAUAUGACUUGUCCUACGAGCCACGCACCGCCAUAAAAGCUCAAGCUUUAGCUGACUUCCUUGCUGAGCUCACCUUCACGGAAGGUCCAGAGUCCACCUCAGCCUUACCCGAGGUGUCCACCUCAUCCCUGUGGACAUUGUAUGUCGAUGGAUCCUCUAAUGGAGACGGCUGCGGAGCCGGACUGCUCCUGGAAGGACCUCAGGGGGAGGUUUGCUCUUACGCCCUCCGCUUUGACUUCCCGGCCACCAACAAUGAAGCCGAGUACGAGGCUCUAAUCGCUGGACUCCAGCUAGCCCGCAAGCUCGGCGCCCAGCAAAUCCACGUCCGCAGUGACUCCCAACUCGUGGUACGCCAAGUUAUUGGUGAGUACGAGGCCAAGGAUGAGACCAUGCAACGGUACCUCUCCAAAGUUCACCAACUCACCGCGUACUUCAAGUCAUUCGAAAUCCAAAGGAUCCCUCGGUCCCAGAAUAAGCGAGCCGACGCCUUAUCCCGGCUGGCUUCCACUUCAUUCUCUGACCUCAGCAAAACCGUCUUGGUGGAGGUCCUGAGUGAACCAGGGUACGUGGAAGAGGUGGCCUGCCCCGUGCACUCUGAAGAAACUUGGAUGACCCCGUUCAUCCUUUUCUUGGGUCAAGGAGUCCUUCCCGAAGACCGAGCUGAAGCAAGGAAGAUACAACGCAAAGCCGCUCGGUAUGCACUCCGCGAUGGAGAACUAUAUAAGCGCUCCUACCUCGGCCCAUGGUUGAGGUGUGUCACCCCCGAGGCAGGACGCGAGGUCCCCCACGAGAUCCACGAGGGCCUAUGUGGGGCUCACAUCGGCCACAGGAUGCUAGCUAAGAAAGCUAUGCUCCUGGGAUAUUUCUGGCCAUCACUUCGGCAAGACUCCCAGGACCUCGUUCUCGGCUGCCCUUCCUGCCAAGUCCACGCACCCGAGCACCACCAGCCUUCAAACUUCAUGGUCCCCAUCACUUCACCCUGGCCGUUUGAGCAAUGGGGGACAGACAUCAUAGGUCCCUUCCCCAAAGCCGUCGGGGGUUAUACAUUCUUAGUAACCGCUGUGGAUUACUUCACCAAGUGGGUCGAGGCCGAGCCACUUCGGACCAUCUCAGGGCUGGCCAUUCAAAAAUUCUUUUGGAAGUGCAUUAUCUGCCGCUUCGGCAUACCUCGGGUCAUCAUCUCGGACAAUGGGAGACAGUUUGCCGAGAACCCGUUCAAGACUUGGUGCGAGAACCUCGGCAUCAAACAACACUUCACUUCGGUAGGCCACCCCCAGGCCAAUGGUCAAGCAGAAAACUUCAACCGGACUCUUCUACAUGGUCUCAGGACCCGACUACACCGAGUUGGGUCAUCUUGGGUGGAGGAACUCCCCAGUGUCCUGUGGUCGUAUCGGACCACGCCGAGGUCAGCGACGCGAGAGACCCCAUUCUCCCUGACCUACGGCGCCGAGGCGGUCAUCCCGGCUGAGAUCCUUACCCCCAGCCCUCGGCUGGCAGCCUAUGCCGCCGAGGUGAACGACGAAGAGAGGCAGCUGGACCUCGACCUCGUCGAAGAACGAAGGAAUCUCGCCUCAGCCCGGAUAGCUUCUUACAAGAACACACUGGCACACUACUACAAUGCCCGCGUGAGACAUCGUAGAUUCCAACCUGGAGACUUGGUUCUUAGAAAAAACUCAGUCAGCCGAGCUGAACCGCAAGGGAAAUUAUGCCCGAAAUGGGAAGGCCCUUACCGAGUUGUGGAAUCUGACGCUAAGGGGUAUUGUAAACUGAGUUACCGAGAUGGCUCAUUAGUGCCGAGGUCUUGGCACGCCGAGAACCUCAGAUUGUAUUAUUAUUCGUUGAAGGUUAUUGACUUUCAUUCAGUUAUUUCAUUCAAAGUUGACUUCAUCAGUAUUCUUGUCAAGUUAGACUUCAACUUAUUAGUUAUUUUUUCAACCAAUAUGAUGCCCAGCAUACCUUAUUAA